GUUGCAUCAGAUUGACGUUUCAAUCAUUUCUAGUAAUUAUUAACGUAGAAAUAGGACCAUAAAAACCUAAUAUUUUUAUCAAACAACAUUUUGAAUUACAACCACCUAAACUUGAAAGCCCUUUUUCCUGAAACAUGCGCAGCUUUGCUACGCUGUGUAGGGUUUUUGUUGGCCAUCACUAUCUAUGCUAGUUAAAUCAACUCCGUGAAAGUUAUUCACACUAGCUGUUGUAAACAUUAACUGUACAAGGAAGUUGUAGCUCCCGGUGAAAGCCUUUUAUAUUCACGUGCAGGGUUUGUUUUACGCUUCACCAUAUAUGGGGUCACACUAUAAUGCGUUUUGUAAUAAUUUAACAAUUUGGUAGGGCAAUAUACGUUUGUUUUUAACUCUAAACAAGCAAGGGAACUGUUAGUAUCAAAACAAUUAUGGCCAAACAUGCGGUGCUGUCAUCAGGGGCAAAAAUGUGGAGAUGUCUGGGCUGUCAGAAGUCAGAGCUGCGGCUGGAUCUCACUCUUGCCUGUGGACAAUCUUUCCGGUGGAGAGAAACUGCAGAAGGCCACUGGACCGGAGUGAUGGGAGGGCGAGUUUGGACUCUUACUCAGACAGAUGACACUCUUUGGUACCACGUUUACAAAAGCCAGGACGGGCAGGUGGAUGGAAGUGACCGGAAGAGCAAAGCAGGUGUUUCUCUCCAGAUGGUAAACAAGUCAGAGAAGAGAUUCAAAGGAGCUAUAAAGAAGGAAGAGGAGGAGGCGGUGGCUGUGUCUUUUCUGCAGGACACUGAUGAGGAAGAAGAGAUGCUGAGAGACUACUUCCAGCUCAACGUGAAGCUGGGGGAUCUGUAUAAGGAAUGGGGAACAGCAGACCCCCAUUUCAAACACAUUGCUGACAUCUUCUCAGGUGUGCGAAUGCUUCGCCAGGACCCCACUGAAUGCCUGUUUUCUUUCAUUUGCACCUCCAAUAACCACAUCUCUCGUAUCCAGGGCAUGGUGGAGAGGCUGUGUCAGGCUCUGGGCAACCCACUGUGCCAACUGGAUGAAACCUCUUACUACAACUUUCCUUCCCUGUCUGCACUUGCAGACAACAGCGUAGAGGCGUGUCUCAGGGAUCUGGGUUUUGGAUACAGGGCUCGCUUCCUUCAGCAGAGUGCGAAGCAGAUUUUGGACACUCAUGGGCUCCAGUGGCUUGAAGGUCUACGCAGUGUCCCAUAUCUGAUGGCCCGUGAUGCUCUGCGUACUCUCCCCGGUGUGGGCACCAAGGUGGCAGACUGUGUAUGUCUGAUGUCCCUGGAUAAGACAGACGCUGUGCCCGUAGACACACACGUGUGGCAGAUUGCUAAACGUGACUACAACUACGCUUCUGGCAAGGCACAAAAGAGCAUCACAGAUAAACUUCACAGAGAUAUUGGGGAUUUUUUCAGAAAACUGUGGGGUCCUUAUGCUGGUUGGGCACAGUCGGUGCUGUUCUGUGCUGACCUUAAAAAGUUCCAAAAGCUGAAAGAAAUGCCACAUCUAAAGCGACCGAAGAAAGAGGAAAAUAAUGAAGAUGAACUGAGGGUAGCGUGCAAAAAAACAAAAAUCAAGACGGAAGAGAAUGGAACCGUGAAGAACAAGAAAACCAAGUCAGCACAUCACAAGAAAGCAAAGACAACUGUCUAGAAUGAGAGAGUGAUAUGAGGUAAACAAGCAACACACUUUGGCCAGCUUAAUUAAAAACACUAUUUGAAUGAAAUAUAUAAACAGUACAUGUGUCCUGGUAUAAAACAAAAAUAAUUGUAAAAGAUUCUCAGGGUUUUUGUUUACAUGAGUUUAUGUUACUGUGACCUCUUUUAUAGAUAGAUAGAUAGAUAGAUAGAUAGAUAGAUAGAUAGAUAGAUAGAUAGAUAGAUAUACUUUAUUUAUCCCAAGCUGGGAAAUUACAGUGUAGCAGCAGCAUUACACACAUAGACAAUAACAACACAAUUAAAUAAAAAGAACAACCUAGGCAUACUUCAAGCAAUAAAAUAUAAAAAUACAAUAAAAUAUAAUAAAAAAUAAAGUGUCUAAAGAAGGAGUAUGUAUUAAGGAGUAGAAUAGAAUUCCAGUGCAGAAUAAAUAUGAAUAUACAGUAUAAAAAUGUUGGUGCUAUGAAACAAAUAAGGUGCAAUGAACAGUGUGCAUAAAAAACACAUAAAGUGCAUAGACAGUAUGUAAUGAACCAGAUUAUUAUUUGUUAUUGUACAGUGUGAUGGCAUGUGGAAGGAAAGAUUUUUUAUAUCUGU